AUGGUCAGCUACAAACUUAUCUACUUCGAUGGACGAGGAGCCGCAGAGAUUGCUAGGCAGGUGUUCGCCCUCGCGGGACAGGAUUUCAAAGACGUCCGUCUAAGCCAUGAAGAGUGGCCAAAGCACAAAGCUUCUAUGCCAUUCGGACAGUUGCCGGUACUUGAAGUCGACGGAAAGCAGCUACCUCAGUCCUAUGCUAUCGUCCGCUACUUGGCCAGAAAAUUCGGUUUCGCGGGCAAGAACGAGUGGGAACAAGCUCAAGUCGAUGCGAUCGCUGACCAGCACAAGGAUUUCCUUAAUGAAGCUCGUCCAUACUUCAAAAUCGUCAUGGGAAUGGACAAGGGCGAUCCGGAAACCGCGGCAAAGGAAAUUUUCGAGCCUGCACGUCAAAAAUACUUCGAAAUGAUCACAAAGAUCCUCAAGCAGAACAAAUCUGGAUACCUUGUCGGAGACUCGCUGACGUUCGCCGAUCUCUACUUGGCCGAAAUGACUACGUUCGCCGAAAAGUUCCCGAAGAUGUACGAUGGCUUCCCUGAGGUGAAAGCUCACGCUGAGAAGGUUCGUUCAAAUCCAAAACUGAAGAAAUGGAUCGAAACUCGUCCGGAUUCGAAAUUCUAA